CUUCCGCUCUCUUCCUGGAAGCGCCGGGGGUGGCAGCCAUGCCGCUGUCCGCCCCGCCGCCCGCCAGCGGGCAGCCCUACCUGCUGUCCGCCAGCCUCGACAACGCCCGCCACCUCUCCAGCCUCCUCAGGGCCGUCCACUUCCAGGACCACGCCACCUGCUUCGCCACCGCCAACGGCCUCCGGGUGACGGUGGAGGACGCCAAAUGCAUCCAGGCCAACGCCUUCAUCCAGGCAGAAAUUUUUCAGGAAUUUGCUGUUCAGGAGGAAUCGGUGACGUUCCGGAUCAAUUUGUCUGUUCUCCUUGACUGCUUGACCAUUUUUGGUACCAGUUCUUUGCCAGGAUCAACAACGGCCCUUAGGAUGUGUUACCGUGGUUAUGGUUACCCCUUGAUGCUGUUCUUGGAAGAAGGAGGAGUAGUGACAGUGUGCAAAAUUAACACUCAGGAACCUGCUGAGUUGUUAGACUUUGAUUUCUGCAGUACAAAAGUUGUUAAUAAAAUUAUCCUGCAGUCGGAAGGGCUACGAGAAGCAUUUGCCGAACUGGAUAUGACCAGCGAAGUUCUGCAGAUUACCAUGUCUCCAGAUAAACCCUACUUCAGGUUAUCCACUUUUGGCAAUGCAGGAAGUGCGCAUCUGGACUACCCUAGGGACUCUGAUUUGAUGGAAGCAUUCCACUGUAACCAGACCCAGACAAACAGGUACAAGAUUUCUUUGCUUAAACCGUCUACAAAGGCACUGGCAUUAUCUUGUAAAGUGUCCAUUCGAACAGAUGCUCAAGGAUUUCUUUCACUGCAGUAUAUGAUUAGGAAUGAAGAUGGACAGAUCUGUUUUGUGGAAUACUAUUGUUGCCCUGAUGAGGAGAUUACUGAAGCUGAGCUCUAGAUGCAUGUUUUGGUGUCUGUACUAUAUUUAUGGACAUGUGUGAAUACUAUAUUUUUUUGUAUGAAUACUGUAUUUAUUGAUACACUUAAUAUUGUUGGCUUUUUUUUAACUGUGGAAUUAGAAAUACGAAGACUUCCUUUUUAUUCCCUUGUAAACGUUUCUUAGCCUUGACUCCGAAAACUGAGGCUGAAAAAGCAAAGAGAGGACUUGAUCUCCUGUAGGCAGCUGAUUCCAGCACACUUGUUAAAGUGGUGUUCGUGUAGUAUGUUACUUUUUACAGUGUUCUCCAAGAAUUUUUGUUUGUGUUUUUUGUCUUUGGCUUGUUCUAAGCAAUUACACAAGGGAAAAUCUGAAUCCCAGCUGUAUGUUAGCCGGUUAACUUUCAAUGACUUAAAAAUAAAACCAAAGUUGUCUUGAAAGAG